AUGUUUAGACUCUCCCAGAAAAGGUUCUUUUCCUCAGCCAGAGUUGCAUUCGAGGCUGCAAAGAAAUCGCAUGAUGUGGUUAUCAUUGGAGGUGGUCCAGGUGGUUACGUUGCCGCCAUCAAGGCCUCGCAGUUAGGUUUCGAUACUGCAUGUAUAGAAAAAAGAGGUGCACUCGGUGGCACGUGUUUGAACGUGGGAUGUAUUCCAUCGAAGUCGCUUCUUUACAACUCGGGUCUCUACAACCGUGUGAAGAAAGAGGGUGCAGAGCGUGGACUUGACAUUCCGGGCGAAGUGAAGCCUAAUUUGGGCAACAUCAUGAAGCAGAAGGACAAGGCGGUCAAGCAACUUACAGGUGGUGUUGAGAUGUUGUUCAAGAAGUACGGUGUCAAGUACUACAAGGGUAACGGAUCGUUCAUUGACGAGCACACCGUCAAAGUUGACCCUAUCAAGGGUGGCGAGGAGGCUGUUUUGUCGGCCAAGAACAUCAUUAUCGCCACUGGUUCUGAGAGUACACCAUUCCCAGGUAUCAAGAUCGACGAAGAGAGAAUUGUGACUUCGACAGGUGCGUUGGCCCUCAAGGAGAUCCCAAAGACAAUGACAAUUAUCGGUGCCGGUAUCAUUGGUUUGGAGAUGGGUACCGUGUGGAACAGAUUGGGAAGCAAGGUGACCAUCUUGGAGUUCCAGAAGUCCAUCGGAGGUGCUGGAAUGGACGCUGAGGUGUCGAAGAACAUCCAAAAGAUCCUCAAGAAGCAAGGUCUCAACUUCAAGCUUGGUGCCAAGGUCACCAAGGGUACCAGAAAUGGGGAUACCGUCAAGGUUGAGUACGAGGAUGGAAAGUCCGGCAAGACCGAGUCCAUCGACUCCGAUGUGUUGUUGGUUGCCGUCGGCAGAAAGCCAUACACUAAGGGCUUGAACGUCGAGAAGCUCGGCUUGGACUUCGACAAAAAGGGCCGUGUGGUGAUCGACUCCGACUACAAGACCAAGGUGCCUCACAUCUUCUGCAUUGGUGACUGCACCUUUGGUCCUAUGUUGGCCCACAAGGCUGAGGAUGAAGGUAUCGCCGCUGUCGAGUACAUGAAGUCCGGAUUCGGCCACGUCAACUACGACAAUAUUCCAUCCGUCAUGUACACCCACCCAGAGGUCGCCUGGACCGGAAAGACCGAGGAGCAGUUGAAGGAGGCCGGUGUUGAGUACAAGACCGGUAAGUUCCCAUUCUUGGCCAACUCCAGAGCAAAGACUGUCCAGGACAUUGAUGGUUUCGUCAAGUUUAUCGCUGAUGCCAAGACCCAGAGAGUCCUCGGUGUCCACAUCAUCGGUCCUAAUGCCGGUGAGAUGAUUGCAGAGGCCAACUUGGCCAUUGAGUACGGUGCUUCAUGCGAGGACAUCUACAGAGUCUGCCAUGCUCAUCCAACGCUUUCCGAGGCUUUCAAGGAAGGUGCCAUGACUGUCUUUGGCAACCCAAUCAACUUCUGA